AUGUCAAGACAUUAAGGAGUGUACAAUAUGCUUAGGCAUGGCGAUUAUAAUGAUGACGAUUAUGAGGAUGCCGAUGACUAUAACUAAUAAGAAGAUGACGAUUAAUACGGGGAUCACAAUUUCUCCUUGAGUAAUCAUUCAUUUAAAUAUUUUAAAGGUGAAUUAGAAGUCAUCAAUAAUUUGUGUGAGAUAUUCCAACUUGAUUUUACUCGUAAGCAGAUCAUUGAUGCAUUAUACGAGACAGAUGGAGAUCAUGAUGCUGCAUUCGAAUACUUGAGUAAUAAGAUAAAAAAGACACAAAAAUAAUAAUAGCCUCAGAAAUCAUAGCCAACUAAGAAAUAACAGUAGCUUAUACAGGCAGUUAAGGUGGAGGAGUAACCUUAAUAAUUGCCCUAAUUAGUAAAGUAACAAAAUAGUACUGACAAAUCUAAGAAUCAAUUUCACAUUGAAUACAAUGUUGAUGAAUUUAACUCCCCUUAUCCCAGCAUCAAAUAUAAGAAUGUUGUCUAAAGCAACCCCUCAACCAGCAUUGUUAUUUUAGGCCACGUUGACACAGGCAAAAGCACGCUGACAGGAAGACUGCUCCAAGUGUUUAAAGCAUUGGAUGAUAAAGAAUUAAGGAAGAAUCAAAAAGAUGCUAAGAAUUUGGGUAAGGAAUCCUCAGCUCUUGCCUACGCCACUGAUAUGACCAAAGAGGAGAAGGAAAAAGGAGUAACCAUGGAUAUGGCUUAUAAAACCGUAGUGAUUGGAGGAAGACAAUACAAUCUGUUAGAUUCUCCCGGACAUCAAGACUUUGCUCCAUAUUUAAUAGCAGGAGCAGCAUAGGCAGAUUAUGCCAUAUUGGUAGUAGAUACUACUAAAAAUGCCUUUGAGAAUAGUAUCAAGAGUGGCAUGUUAAGGGAAAAGUUGUAGUUGAUAAGUGCUAUGCUUAUUAAAGAAAUAGUGGUGGCAUUGAACAAAAUGGAUCAGAUUGAUUGGGAUUAAAAGCAGUUUGAUGUAGCCAAAGAUUACAUUAAGGUUUCAGCAGCCAAACUAGGGUACAAUCAAAAACAAAUUAAAUUCAUACCAAUCUCUGCAUUUCAAGGUUUAAAUAUACAAAAUAAACACAACAUCAAUUGGUAUUAAGGAGAGACUUUGGUUCAAGAAAUACUUAAUUUGCCUCCUCUCUUAAGAGCAAAUGAUAAGCCACUCAGAUUCACUAUUUUGAAUAGAUUCCAUUAGAAUGAAGGAAAGUUAAGAGGAACAUGUUUAUUAGGAAAAUUGCAUUCUGGGUAAUUGGAGAAGAAUAUAAAUUAUGUUAUUCUACCAUAAGGAAUCUUCUGUGAAGUGAAGGAGGUCGAAAGAUAGAGUGUGGAAGGGGAUAUUGUGGAAGUUAAGAUUAAAACACUUGUUGACUCAGAAUUCUAAAAUAUACAUAUUGGGUCAGUGUUGAGUCAGAUUGAACAUCAUGUGCCAGUUGCCAAUAGAUUGAUUUGUUAGUUAAGUACAUUAGAACUUCAAACUCCAAUCAUAAAGGGAUCUCAGUAUUUGAUGCAUUUGGGUGCUUAAAAGAUCGGCGUUGUAGUGAAGAAACUAAAUCAUACUUACAACGAGGAUGCUCAAACAAUUAAAAAGAAAUUUCCUAGAGCUAUAGUUUCUAAUGAGUUUGCUGAAGUUGAACUUGAGUGUGAUGAUUAAGUUUGUGUAGAAACACAUUCAAAUUUAGAAUAAUUAAGUCGAAUAAUUCUGAGGGAGAAGUUUAACAUAGUUGCUAUUGGUAAGGUAAUUAUUAUUAACGUAAAUUUAAACAAAUUAAAGCAAGGAAAGAUUAUUCAUGAAUAGUAAAUUUGA